GACGACUACUGGUAACAUGACUAAUGCACGAGAGUAUCACGCAGCAUCUGUAUUAUUAAAUGGAAAAGUAUUAGUUACUGGUGGAGCUGAUAACAGCGGCGCUUUAAAUAGUGUUGAACUGUAUGAUCCAUCAACAGGUACUUGGACAACUAUGAGUAAUAUGACUAAUGCAAGAUUUUUUCACACAUCAUCUGUAUUAUCGAAUGGAAAUGUAUUAAUUACUGGUGGAUUAGGCAAUGGUUAUUUAGAUAGUGCUGAGCUGUAUGAUCCAUUAACAAGUACUUGGACAACUACGAGUAACAUGGUUAAUACACGAGGUUUACACACAGCAUCUGUAUUAUCAAAUGGAUUAAUAUUAGCUACUGGUGGAUACAAUGGUUUUAGUGCUUUAAGUAGCGCAGAACUAUAUUGA